AUGUGUCCUUUUUCGAGAAUCGACGAUCUUAUGGAUCAGAUGGUUGGUGCUUGUGUGUUCAUAUCCAAUGCAUGGAGUGGUUCAAAGCUGCUAAUCAACGAAGACAUCCAGGAGAUUUCUGAGUUUUUGUCAAAGUUGCCUGCAAAUGAGCAAUCCCAAGAGCCUUCGCAAUCUGCCAAAUCUAUGUCUCUUUGGUCUGGUGGAUCUCAGUUUACAACACUUGAAAAAUUUGUUCAUAAGACAAAGUGCAUUCCUUUGAGUCAAUUCUGCAAAAUCAAACAAGACAUGUUAUGUGUUACUGUUGGAACUACCACGAAAUUUUAUGUAUCCAAGCAUGGUUGGUUUUACUAUGGUUGCACAAAAUGCUCUGUGAAGGCUACUGAUUUGAACAAUCCAUACCAGUGUGUAUGUGGCGAAAAUGUUCACAAACCCAUACCAAGGUACAAAGUUGAUAUAUAUGUUUAUGACGGUGAAUCAAAGUUCCGAUUUGUAUUUUGGGAUGCCGACUGUGAGCAGAUUAUAGGACAAUUUGCUGAUAGCAUGCAUAAAUCAAUGUUAGAGAAUGGUGAAGAUGAUCCCAUGGUUUAUCCUGACGAGCUUGACAUGUUAUUGGAAAAGAAAAUGGCUUUGAGAGCUAAAGUACAACCAACCUUUGGACAAGCAUUUGUUUGGAAGCUUUCUUAUGAUGAAGAAUUUGUCAGUCAAAUUGAAAAGGAUUAUAUUGCUGAUGAGGUUCAUAGUCUUCCUCCCAUUCAAAAUGCUGUUGCUGAUCAUGUUGAUACUUCCAUGGAGUCCUUAUCUGCAUUUGGAGAAAAUGAUCCUAACAAGAGUUUGGCCAAUACCCCAUCAAAGAGUGUUUCUCAUGCUGUUGAUGCUGAAGAAUCGGAUUGUUGGAGUUCAGACGACAGCAUGGUUAUGGACGAAGACGAAGAAGAUAUGGACAAUCAAGCUGUAAUGGUCAAUGCACUACCAUCAGGAGAUUUUUACGACAUAGGUGAUCCAGUGUUUGAAUGUCCAAAAUGUGGUGCAAACAUGUGGUAUUUAGAAAGGAAGACCAAGUGUCGGCAAACAUUAAAUCCUAAGUUCACAAUGUGUUGCGGGGAUGGUAAAGUUCAAAUUCCUCUAUUGAGAGAACCUCCACCGGUGUUACAGAAACUGCUGUUUGACCAAACAAACCCUGAAUCAAAACUAUUUCAACAACAAAUACGUCUUUUCAACAUGAUGUUUGCAUUUACGUCUCCGGGUGCUAAAAUGGACAACCGUUUUAACAAUGGUAGAGGUCCUCCAAAUUAUCGAAUUCAAGGACAAUCAUGUCAUCGUAUAGGUAGCAUGUUACCAUUGCCAGGACAAAAUCCCCGAUUUGCACAACUCUAUAUAUAUGACACUGAACAUGAAAUACAGCAUAGAACAAAAGACGGAAUAGAUCUUGACAUAGUGAAAAAACUCUCUUCUAUGUUAUAUCAACACAAUGUUCAUGCUCAGAGUUUUAAGAUGGCAAGGGAUAUACUUUCUGAAGGCAAUGUUUCUGACCUAAAGCUCCGUCUUAUUUCCGAGCGACGCACCGAUGGAAGAAUUUAUAAUCAACCAACUGUUUCCGAAGUUGCUGCUUUAAUUGUUGGUGAUGUUGAUACUGCUGAGAAGAGGGACAUAAUAAUGCACAAACAGACUGGACAACUUCAAAGAAUAGAUGAAUAUCAUACAUCAUAUUUGGGAUUUCAAUAUCCAUUGCUUUUCCCUUAUGGCGAAGAUGGUUACAGGCCUAACAUUAGACAUCGCAAUCAAGAUUCCAACAAUAGACGUAACUCAGAAUCAAUGAUUGGAGUAGCCGACAAUGAGGAUGUUCCGUGGGAGCAAGCAAAUAAAAGAAAUAGACUCACAAUUAGAGAGUGGUUCGCAUUUUGUAUUCAAGCCAGAAAGAAUGAGGCCCAAACAGUUAUCAGAUCAAGAAGGUUAUUUCAACAGUUUUUGGUUGAUGGUUAUACAAUGAUGGAAUCUGAGAGACUUCGAUGGUUAAGAAAAAAUCAAUCUAAACUUCGAGUUGGAAAGUAUAACUAUCUAACAGAUGUCAGAACCAAUGGACAUACCGAUGGUGCAAACACAGGGAAAAGAGUUGUCCUUCCAUCUUCGUAUGUUGGUAGUCGCAGAUACAUGGAUCAACUUUACUUUGAUGGAAUGGCAAUAUGUAGUUAUGUUGGAUUUCCCGAUCUAUUCAUAACGUUUACGUGUAAUCCAAACUGGCCGGAAUUGAAACGUGUACUUGCUUCUAAUAAUCUGACACCAGCAGAUCGGCCGGACCUCAUAACGAGAAUAUUUAAGAUGAAAUUCGAUGAGUUACUGUCAGAUUUGACUAAAAAAAGUUGUAUGGGCAAAGUUCUUGCGUAUAUGUACACAAUUGAGUUCCAGAAAAGAGGCCUUCCCCACGCUCAUAUUUUGAUAUUUCUACAUCCAUCCAGCAAAUAUCCAACACCUGCUGAUAUUGACCGUAUCAUAUCUGCCGAAAUUCCGAACAAGGACACCGAUGGAGACUUAUAUAACUUGGUAAAAAGUCACAUGAUUCACGGACCAUGCGGAAACGCAAACCGGAAUUCGCAAUGCAUGAAGGAAGGUAAAUGUUCCAAAUACUUUCCUAAAGACUUUCGGGCUGAUACAGUCGUCGAUCAAGAUGGUUAUCCGGUUUACAGAAGAAGGGACAACGGUCACACUGUCAUUAGGAAUGGUAUAGAGGUUGACAAUAGAUUUGUUGUUCCUUACAAUGAAAAAUUGUUGUUGAAGUUUAGAACUCAUAUUAAUAUGGAAUGGUGCAAUCAAAGCACAUCCAUAAAAUAUUUGUUUAAAUACAUCAACAAAGGCUAUGAUCGAAUAACUGCUGCAAUUGUCAUGAAUGAAAAUGGAUGUCCUAUCGAGCGUCAAGAUGUUGAUGAAAUCAAGCAGUAUAUUGACUGUAGGUAUGUUUCUCCAAGUGAAGCAUCUUGGAGGAUUUAUGGUUUCCCCAUUCAUGGAAGGAAACCAGCUGUGGAAAGAUUACACUUCCAUUGCGAAGGUCAACAUUCAGUCUACUAUACUGACAUCAGCAAUGUUUCCAAUGUUCUUGAGAAACCAAGUGUAACUGAAUCGAUGUUUACGGCAUGGUUUGAAGCUAAUCAGAAAUACACCGAAGCUCAACAGUUAACUUAUAGCAAUUUUGUUUCAAAGUUUGUAUAUGUCAAAAAGAAGAGAGAGUGGAAACCCAGGCAGAAGGGUUACACAAUUGGCAGGUUAAUUUGGGUUCCUCCAACUACAGGAGAAUUGUACUUUCUCAGAAUGAUGCUUACACAUGUAAAGGGCCCUCGAAAUUAUUCAGAACUGAAAAUAGUUAACAACGUCAAGUACGAUACUUUCCGUGAUGCAUGUUUUGCAAUGGCUUUUAUUGGGGAUGAUCGCGAAUUUAUAGCUGCUAUUUCAGAGGCAUUUCAGUGGGGUUCUGGCCAUUAUUUAAGAUUGCUUUUUGUCCACAUGUUGUUGUCAAGUAGCAUUAACAGACCAAGGCAUGUAUGGAGCAAAACAAGGCAUCUUCUAUCCGAUGGAAUUCUUUACUCUCAGCAGACUAUUGCCAACAACAGAGGUUUGAGGUUAUCAGAACAAGAAAUAUACAAUUUGACAUUGAUUGAGAUAGAAAAGCUACUACAACGCAACCGUAAGAGCCUAAGCGACUUUCCUGGGAUGCCAAAACCACAAGGAUAUGUCCCCGAAGAAUUUGGCAACAAGCUUAUUUACGAAGAGCGGAACUACAAUCCCGAUGAACAACUUCAAGAAUUUAACAUGCUGUAUCAGAAUCUCACAGAUGAACAAAGGGAUGUAUUCAAGCAAAUCAUGAUGGCCGUGAAUAACCAGAAUGGAGGCGUGUUCUUUCUUUAUGGUUACGGCGGUACAGGCAAAACCUAUAUGUGGAGAACAUUAGCUUCUUAUAUAAGAUCAAAGAAACAAAUAUGUUUGACAGUUGCUUCUUCUGGAAUUGCCUCACUAUUACUUCCAGGUGGCCAGACGGCGCAUUCUAAAUUCAAAAUUCCGAUUCCCACGCUUGAAUCUUCCACAUGCGACAUAAACAAAGGGAGCGAUAGAGGUGAUCUACUAAAACUAUCAAAGUUGAUAAUCUGGGACGAGGCUCCAAUGUGUCACAAAUUUUGUUUUGAGGCAUUGGAUAAAACUCUGAAGGAUAUCAUGGGUGGAUCCAAAGCAUCAAAUAAAAUAUUUGGAGGUAAGGUAAUAGUCUUCGGCGGUGAUUUCAGGCAAAUUCUUCCAGUUAUUCCAAGAGGCAGCCGCUCAGAUAUAGUUCAUGCUACAAUAAAUUCAUCAUACAUAUGGGAUCACUGCAAGGUUUUGAAACUUACAAAGAACAUGCGACUACAGCAGUCGGCAACAUCCACAAGUUCUGCAGAGUUAAGACAUUUCUCAGAUUGGAUUUUAACUGUUGGAGAUGGGAAGAUAUCAGAACCAAAUGAUGGUUACGCAGAGAUCGACGUUCCUAAAGAUCUGCUGAUCUCUGAUUUUGAUGAUCCCCUUGAGGCAAUAUUUGAAAACACCUAUCCAAAUUUUGAUGUUAAUUACAAUAAUGUGGAUUUUCUACAGUCAAGGGCAAUAUUAGCUGGAACCAUAGAGACUGUUGAUCAAAUCAAUCAGUAUAUUUUAGAAUUUGUUCCCGGUCAAGAGAAAGAGUAUUUAAGCUCGGAUUCGGUUGAUACCACAGACGGUGACGGCAAUGAAUCUUUUGAUGUUUUAACUCCUGAAUUUUUGAAUGCCUUGCAAGCUUCCGGUGUCCCCAAUCAUAAAAUCAAAUUGAAGAUCGGUACUCCAAUAAUGCUUCUCAAGAAUAUUGAUCAAGCAGAAGGUCUUUGCAAUGGAACACGUCUCAUUGUUACCAAAUUGGCCGAUCAUGUUAUAGAAGCAAAAAUUAUUUCUGGAAAGAACAUUGGUGGUGUCGUAUACAUUGCACGAAUGGACAUAACUCCGAAUUAA